AAUGACUCUUUCUUUCAUUUUCUUCUGGUUCCUAUCUACAUGUAGGCUUUCGCUUAUGUUUUUAGGAUAGAAUUUUAUACCGUGAAAGUCGUUUUAGAUUAUAUCGGCCCGAAAAUUCGGGUUAGUUAAUCUCUCCGAGUGAAAACCUGUUAUGUUCGUCCUAUGAGAAAUCGAGGUUUUUCGACAUAAAUUCCUCAUGUAGAACUGAAAGUUCGUUGUCAUCGAUAGUACCGUUUUCGUAGCUCAAGCGAAACUGGUCGUGGAGCUCGUGAAAGGAAGACAUGACAAAAUUUUUCGAUAGUUUUAGGUCGAUGUUUGCAAGGACUCAGCUCUAUUUACAUGUACUUGCACUUAGUUUUCACGCCGUGAAUGACGUCCUCGACCCAGUCUUCCAAAAGUUUUACUCAUCAUCGUCGUCUCAUUCAAUUCAUCAUCGGUGCUUAAGGUCCCUAUUACUUUUCACUUGACCACCGAAAAUUGUAUUUUACAAAUUCAGCGCAAAAAUCAGGUGAUGUUUGUUUAUCACGUCCUCCAGUCCCCGCGCGUGCUCGCGUCCCACGUCCCUGCGUCCCCACGUCCCCGCGUGUGAGUUAGCCGAAUUUGUCUAUUCGAAAUGAUUCGAAAUUAGCGAGAACCGAAAAAACUUGAGUUUUGGGCUUUUGGCAUAGGUCCGGAUCGAGAGCGGCCAAAUAUGAAGGCGAGGCUGCUAAGCAGACCUUAGCAGUCCUGCUGAAAACGACGACUAACUAUAGUCACGAGAUGCGAGCUACUUUCUAUUUCUAUAAACCUCCAAGGACGUUGUUUUAUCUUCUUUGAUAAUGGAGUAACAUCUUAUUCCUAAUGGUUUUUUCACUGAAAAAUAUCGAUGAUGCGGGGUUUGGACUUCGCGAUGGCUCGAAAUUGGGAAGCCUCAUUAACCGGAAACCAGGAUCGUCUCGAGAUCAGGCCGAGUUAGCGAAUGUCUGGGGCAGCUGUGGUCAUGUUUUUGUCGCGACCAACGCCGGCCGUAACUUGCAUGCUUUCGAAUCCAUUCCUCGAUCAAAGUGGACACCUGAGAGUGAAAGCCUUCUGUUGCAAGGAAAAACAUGUGAAGGAGGCAGGAGAAGGUUGUCCUACAGAAGUAUUAAAGUGCACGAGACUGUGCCAAAAGCUAUCAUAGACCAAGAAUCUCCCAUUGUGAGUGUCUUGUCUAGUGUCGAAAAUCCAUUGCUUGUCUUCAUAGUUCACCAAAAUAGCAUCACAGAAUGUUGGGAAUUUACUCAGUCAAACUACAAAUGGAUUAAGAGAAAUGAAUUUCAACUGAGUAACACAAAAGGAGUUGAAAUAUUGCAUGUCAUAGUCCACCCCCUGGUAAAUGCAUUCUUCUGGUGCGAGCGUCGUUCAGUCUCCGCAUCAAAUUUAAUAACCUGUUGUGUUUGUUUGAGAGAUGUGACUGUUUCUGAAAGACUAGGAAACAAUACGGUGGUUUCUGUUGGACCCUUGGUUGUGAUUCUUCAUGGCUGUCCUACCAUGUCUUUGCACAUCAUUGGCAGAAGCGUUUGUCUUGUUCCUGACUUUCCUGAGGAGUUGAGGAGUUUUAUUCUCUUUUGGACAUUUGUUCAGCGGUCCUUAAAGAUUUAUAUAUGGAAUUAUGGUUUAAUUGGAGAUGUAGACACAUUUGACUUCAGAGCUGUAGUUGCAGAGUUAGUUUGUCCAUGGACGUCAGGAGCAAAUAGUGGCAGGCACCAUGUCAUUGCUAUCACAUCUCACCCUACAACUAAUGAACUUCUUGUACUCAACAGUGAUUUAGAAUUGUCAUAUUUCAAACUUGACGACAGAGAUCCUGCUCUAACACCCCUUGUGAAACUUCUGCUGGAUUCUUCAUUUACCAAUGACAAAAUUUCAUUCUUCUUUACAUUUGAUCUUAUUGUUGGACUGGUGUGGGACUCAGGUGUUAUUGUGCUUCAUGACAUUCACAGUGGAGCUAAAAUCUGUAAGCUUGAAGACUUGCAAGGUCAAAAUGUUCACAUAUGGAAGAGUUUUCAUUUGGCUAAUUCCAUUGGAUUUUGGUCAAUCAGUGGAAUUUGGAAGCUCCAAUCUGGAUCAGUUCUUGAAAUUUCCGAGUGCAUUAGAUCUUCCAUUUCUUUGGCAAACAUUGUAACUGGAGAAACCAAUUCUUCAGUGAUUCAAGGAAGGCUAAAUGAAUCCAGUUCCAAAACCAGGGCUUCGCACAAGAAUUGUUUUAUAGCCGAUGACCCAUCCUUGAGAACUGAAUUUGACAACUCAUCUGAGAAGUUUGUUAUACCUGAACUUGUACAAGAGCAAGAAAUGUUUUCUUCCAGAAGCACUACUGAACAAUCUAUGAACACUGAUGAAAGGCUAUUUACUGGCCCACUUUUGGCAGCAAGUCACUUGAUGAAGUGGAAUUUGAAUCACAGGGCAGCCAAGCUUGCACUGGACUCAGUUGUUUGUUCAACACUCUUGUCAGAUUGUGCUCUGAAAGAUUCAGAGAUUCCAAGAUACUUUCUUGAUCUCUUAGUAAGCGAACAUGCUCAGGACCCAGCGAUAGCCCUUGCUUUACUCUGGGAACAUCCAAUGCACAGAGAAUUCAUCCUUCAAAGGCUUGAACAAUAUGUGGGUGAAAGCAUACACAAACCUCACAAGACAUUUUUAAAUGAGCUUUUGCAUCCAUACUUGAGUGAAUUUGUUUUGCUGGGCAAGCAGUGUAAGUCUGCAAUAGAUUCUGGUUUCAAAGGAAUGACGCAGUCACCCUCACUUCCAACAAACUCUGUCAGCCAAGAAGUUCCUGCUUUGCUGGAGGCAUUCAACAGUGGCCCACUGGACAUGACAUCACUGGAGAGGCUGAGCACAUUAAGUCAUCAACAGCCCCACAAGGUUCUAGAAUGUGUAGCAGAGUAUUUAAAGAUUGAUUCUAAGCAGGAUGACUCACAGGGACAUCAAUUGGAGCAGAGAUGGAGAACAAUUUACAGACUUGAGUGGAGAAAUGGCCAGUGGAAGAGGAGUAGAAUAGCUCUCAAAGAUCCUUUUAAUGCCCUUUUGAACAUCCUCCUACGAAUCUUUUGCGAUUCAAAAUCAGAAUGGCUCAUGAAGAUGGUGGAGAGAGGAAUGGAUACAAUUCAGCUGGCAGAGUCAGAUGAGAGAACUGAGGAGUAUCUAACCCAGUCUGUGUUGGAGUGUCUUCCAGUUUUGCGUACAAGACAUGUAAACACUAAGUCCAUGUUGGUUCACUCACAACUCUGUUACUCUAUUGGUCAAGAGACUCAAGCUUUGCAUCUCCUUCUAAGCAGCAAAAUGUGGAAGGAAGCCAUUGACUUUGUUUCCUGUUGUGGAAAGAGCAGUGAGAAUUCAACUUUGCUUUUCGUCAUGUUGAUAAAGGGACUUCAGAGCGGAAGAGCUUCCUGUGAGAUGCUAGUCGAGGCCCUCAACAUAAAGCCCAAAGGUUUUAGUACCUAUGAACUGCUGGCUAUUAUGAGGGACCAAGCUCCGGUUGCUAAGGAACCUUUUCCAAAGGGUGCAAGACAGGCAACUGUUGGUGAAGUAAGGCCUUUCCUUGCUGCCCUUUUCUCGUCUUGAAGCACAAGAAAACCUAACCGUUCGUGGAAGUGAGAUAAGCACGAGGAAUAGAGAGAGGAACUUUUUCCUUUCCUGGAGCUUGUGCUUUCUCUCCUUACCUGACAAGUUGACCAAACACGGCCACGUCUGCACGCGCUUCACAUUCCGAGAUCCUUUCUGACAUCAGGUUGGACCUCACUCACGCAAAAUCGUGAUUGUAGGAGCCCAUCUACACUACGCCGCAGGAACUUGAAAACACAGCAAUCACCGGUCAUUUGGUUUUGUGUUUGAGGAAAACUCGGUCAGGGAAAUCACAUGACUAUCGC